AGUGCGGCGGCCAGAGGAAGCAAGCCAUGUGCUAAAGGAGGAACGGGACGCGCAAGAGAAAAACCACCGUGACUAAAAAGGGGGGAAAUAAUGUCAGCUCCACUGGUCUGUACACCACACACAGGGACGACAGUAGAGCGAUACCAGACUCGAAGCGAAAUUGGCCUUUUCUCCACAGCAACCCCAAACGACACAGGAAUAGCAGCAGCAACUUCGCAAUUGAUGCGGUGUUCCAGUUUCUCCACAUCAUGCUUUGGUAGUGGCGUUGCAUGGAUGACGCAGUAAACACGUAUCAAUAAGGCAACUUAUCAUAUUGAUAACUUUUGCCUGAGAAUAAAACUGAGGACAGUAACCACGGACGACAUGAAAUAGUUGCGGAGAAGAGCAGGACGUUUCUUGUGAGACUUGGAUUUCUAUCCCUCUGCUGCAACAUUGUGAUAUUUUGAGUUUCUUCUGAAAGAACACGAAUCGGUCGCUUGACUGAAACAUCUCACAAAACGGACCGAAAAACAUUGCGUUGAACGGACAUCGUCAAACGUGCAAAUGUUUAGAAUAAAAAGCAUAUUGAUUUGGAAGACCAUAAAUUCUAUUUACGACGAGGAAAGUUUUAGAAAGUAGCCUAUGCCAUGCUGGAAAGGAAUGGAUUUAAAGGACAAACAACUGUAUUCUUGGCGUCAGUGAAUAUCAAACAAGAUAUAAUGAAUGUCGUGCAAUGUGUUCAAAUAAGGCAUUCAUCACUUACAGUUAUUGAAGAAAAUGGAUUUUAAUAGUUAUUGUAAGGGCUUGCCGUGCAAAAGGAGAUCAACGAGCUGAGUCACACAUUGAUGAACCUUCAUGGAACAUAAUCAAAUGUAACGUCAUAGUCAGUGCUGCAUCUGCUUGGACUUCUCACUAAUGUUCUCACCAUUGGGAAUGUAUAGCUACAUGGGUCUACAUUGUAAAUCUUCAACUGAAGACGAAAAACUGCGGCCGAGAGCACCUGGAAUGUGAAUGUGGACAGCAACCAACCUCGUGCAUCAUGAAUAACACCAGGUUCAUUUGAACAGCAGUGGAAAACACUGUAGUUGAAUCAGUAUAACUUAUAGACAACAACGCGACGAAUUAUAUAGCCCUGUACUCGUAAUGGACAAGAACUGUUUAGCUUUUCAAAUGGAGUUGACUCUUAUGGUUGUUGCCCUCUUAUCUUGGGUCGCGGUAUGGGCGGACGAUAGCAAAAUAAUAUCAGACAGAUAUGCAGUCUACUGGAACAGCACGAACCACAGGUUUCUCCAUGGGGAGUACACCGUGGAGGUGGCCAUCAACGACUACCUGGACAUCUACUGCCCCCACUACGAGGACCCGCUCCCCCUGGAGCGCAUGGAGCGUUACAUCCUCUUCAUGGUCAACUACGACGGCUACACCACCUGCGACCACCGCAUGAAGGGCUUCAAGCGCUGGGAGUGCAACCGGCCACAGAGCCCCAACGGACCGCUCAAGUUCUCCGAGAAGUUCCAGCUCUUCACUCCCUUCUCACUAGGGUUUGAGUUCCGGCCGGGUCACGAGUACUACUACAUCUCGUCUCCACACCCUAACCUUGUCGGUAAACCCUGCUUGAAGUUGAAAGUCUAUGUCAAGCCCACAAAUGACUCAGUGUAUGAGUCCCCAGAGCCCUUCCUGACAGACGACAGCACCGGUGGCUGCUGCGUGGCCGCCCCCUGCCUCUCCCUCAUGCUGGCCAUGCUGCUCACGCUUCUCCUGUCCUCAUCAUAACAUCUUGGGCCCGCUGGCCUUACCCCCCUUGAAACACCCGACUUCCCAUCAAAUCUUCCGCCUCUUCCCCCUGCAAGGAGACAUGCCUCUUCCACACACCCUCUCCCCACGCCUGUCCUCUCCUCCUCCCAUAUCAGUCUACUCUCCUCCACCCUCCACCCUCAACCCCUCGACAUGCACCAUCUGGACACUGUAAACUCAUACUGCCCCUUCCUCAGAACCCUCCAACUCCUCAGCAUAACCCUUGCUUCAUGACCUCUGGCUUCUGACCCUCAGCUUAUAGCUCAAGUCCAGGUGGCGAUAAAGUGGAGUAGUCCUGGGGACCAGGAAGGAGUCACUUAAAGACAAGAAGGAGUCCCUUAAAGGCAGGAAAGAGUUCCUUAAAUCUUUACAAAAACAGCCUCCCAGCUGCAGAGGAGCGCUGGGAUGUGCAAGAAAUGAAUGGGGUUUUGAACCGAACUGAGCACAAACUCCCCUCGUACGUGUCUGGAUGGUCGACAGUGACUGUUGACGUCGACAGUGACGUCUUCUCCACUUAAGAACCCUCUCAUGUGCAUCUUCAUCUUCGGACUGUUUGCAUUUCUCUUUGAGUCUUUGUGCUUUGAUUAUGCUCAGUAAUGUCCCACUUGUACAUGUUCAUUCUGUUACAGUGUAUUAUACAGUAGUAUAUUACUUUGUCACGUUAGAUCAUAGGUGAACCUUCUCUCUCUCUCUCUCUCUCUCUUCUUGUGUCUCUGACCAGUCUCUCUCUCUCUCUUCUUGUGUGUCUAUGACCAGUCUCUCUCUCCCUCUCUCUCUGUGUCUCUGAUCAGUCUCUCUCUCUCUCUCUCUCUCUCUCUCUCUCUCUCUCUCUCUCUCCUCUCUCUCUCUCUCUCUCUCUCCCUCUUCUUGUGUGUCUCUGACCAGUCUCUCUUCCUCUUCUUGUGUGUUUCUGACCAGUCUCUCUCUCUCUUUUCUUGUGUGUCUCUGACCAGUCUCUCUCUCUCUCUUCUUGUGUCUCUGAUCAGUCUCUCUCUCUCUCUCUCCCUCUCUCUCUCUCUCUCUCUCUCCCUCCCUCUUCUUGUGUGUCUCUGACCAGUCUCUCUCUCUCUUUCUUGUGUGUCUCUGACCAGUCUCUCUCUCUCUCUCUCUCUCUCUCUCUCUUCUUGUGUGUCUCUGACCAGUCUCUCUCUCUCUCUCUCUCUCUCUCUCUCUCUUCUUGUGUGUCUCUGACCAGUCUCUCUCUCUCUCUCUCUCUCUCUCUCUCUCUCUCUCUCUCUUCUUGUGUCUCUGAUCAGUCUCUCUCUCUCUCUCUCUCUCUCUUCUUGUGUGUCUCUGACCAGUCUCUCUCUCUCUCUUCUUGUGUGUCUCUGACCAGUCUCUCUCUCUCUCUCUUCUUGUGUGUCUCUGACCAGUCUCUCUCUCUCUCUUCUUGUGUGUCUCUGACCAGUCUCUCUCUCUCUUAUUGUGUGUCUCUGACUAGUCUCUCUCUCUCUCUCUCUCUCUCUCUCUCGCUCUCUUCUUGUGUGUGUCUCUCUCUCUCCUCUUGUGUGUCUCUGACCAGUCUCUCUUUCUCUCUCUUCUUGUGUGUCUCUGACCAGUUUCUAACAUCUUUGUAAUUUCUAGCAGUAGCGUCCCAGAGUAGAUGAGGACCUUUUCUGUAAAUCUGCCAAAGACACUUGUUUAACUUUUAUACCGGGAGAACAGGGGGGUGGGACGGCGCUGUCGUGGCUCUCCAACAAGGUCGUAAGCAGCCAUAGACCUCUGUGUAGACCCUCUGAAACAUGCUAUGGGGGUCCCAUCACACACAGGGCAGUGUAGAUUUUUUUAAAAGAGGAUCUUUUUGUCAUACAAAAAAAAAUGUUAUGUAAAAACAAACAAAUGAACCUUUUCAAAAAUUGCCUUUUUCCACUGGUGCUGAAUUCAAUAUGAGUCUCUCCAUCUCAUGCUGCGGUGCUUUAUCCCUCUUCUCUCUCUCUCUCUCUACUCCCCCUCAUCUCUCUACCCCUCCUCUCUCUCUCUCUCUACUCCCUCUCAUCUCUCUACCCCUCCUCUCUCUCUACUCCCCCUCAUCUCUUUACCCCUCCUCUCUCUCUCUCUCUACUCCCCCUCAUCUCUUUACCCCUCCUCUCUCUUUCUCUCUCUACUCCCCCUCAUCUCUUUACCCCUCCUCUCUCUUUCUCUCUCUACUCCCCCUCAUCUCUUUACCCCUCCUCUCUCUCUCUCUACUCCCCCUCAUCUCUUUACCCCUCCUCUCUCUUUCUCUCUCUACUCAUCUUCUCUCUCUCUCUACUCCCCCUCAUCUCUUUACCCCUCCUCUCUCUUUCUCUCUCUACCCAUCUUCUCUCUCUCUCUACUCCCCUUCAUCUCUUUACCCCUCCUCUCUCUCUACUCCCCCUCAUCUCUUUAACCCUCCUCUCUCUCUCUCUCUCUCUACUCCCCCUCAUCUCUUUACACCUCCUCUCUCUUUCUCUCUCUACUCAUCUUCUCUCUCUCUCUACUCCCCCGCAUCUCUUUACCCCUCCUCUCUCUUUCUCUCUCUACCCAUAGUCUCUCUCUCUACUCCCCCUCAUCUCUUUACCCCUCCUCUCUCUUUCUCUCUCUACCCAUCUUCUCUCUCUCUUUACCCCCCCCCCUCUCUCUCUCUCUCUCUCUCUACUCCCCCUCAUCUCUUUACCCCUCCUCUCUCUCUCUCUCUACUCCCCCUCAUAUCUUUACCCCUCCUCUCUCUUUCUCUCUCUACUCCCCCUCAUCUCUUUACCCCUCCUCUCUCUUUCUCUCUCUACCCAUCUUCUCUCUCUCUUUACCCCUCCUCUCUCUCUCUCUCUCUACUCCCCCUCAUCUCUUUACCCCUCCUCUCUCUCUCAUUCUACUCCCCCUCAUCUCUUUACCCCUCCUCUCUCUUUCUCUCUCUACCCAUCUUCUCUCUCUCUCUACCCCUCUUCUCUCUCUCCUUCUCUCUCUCUACCCUCUCGCUCUCUACCUCUCUCUCUCUAUCCCUCUCGUUCUCUACCCCUCUUCUCUCACUCUCUCUCUACCCCUCUCUCUCUCUACCCCUUUUCUCUCUCUCUUUCUCUCUCUCUAACCCUCUCUCUCUCUACCUCUCUCUCUCUACCCCCCUCUCUACCCCUCGUCUCUCUCUUUCUCUCUCUCUACCCCUCUCUCUACCCCUCUCUCUCUACCCCUCAUCUCUUUCUCUACCCCUCCCUCCUCUCUCUCUCUCUCUCUCUCUCUUUCUCUACCCUCAUCUCUCUCCCUCUCUUUCUCUCAUUCUCUCUAACCCCUUCUAUCUCACUCUCUCAUGCGCUCUACCCUCUCUCUCUGUCUCAUUCUCUGCCCCCUCUCUCUCUCUGUCUCUCAUGCUCUGAAUGUGAGGUUUUUGCUGUAUGACACAUGCCCAUUGCUAUGUCAGGUCCUCUUGUCUGAGUCCCAGUACUAAGGCUGUUGACCGCUGGGUCAUUGUGGAGACUGAGGGUCUGUCAUCACGAGGGGAAUGGACAAUGUGAGAUCCCCAUGUAUUGUGCAACACUAAGGGAGCCAGACCUCCAUGUACACAUAAAGGGGAUAGAAAGGGAGCCAGACCUCCAUGUACACAUAAAGGGGAUGGAAAGGGAGCCAGACCUCCAUGUAUACUUAAAGGGGAUGGAAAGGGAGCCAGUCCUCCAUGUACACUUAAAGGGGACUGAAAGGGAGCCAGACCUCCAUGUACACUUAAAGCUGACGGAAAGGGAGCCAGACCUCCAUGUACACUUAAAGGGGAUGGAAAGGGAGCCAGACCUCCAUGUACACUUAAAGGGGAUGGAAAGGGAGCCAGACCUCCAUGUGCACUUAAAGGGGACGGAAAGGGAGCCAGACCUCCAUGUACAGUUAAAGGGGAUGGAAAGGGAGCCAGACCUCCAUGUACACUUAAAGGGGAUGGAAAGGGAGCCAGACCUCCAUGUACACUUAAAGGGGAUGGAAAGGGAGCCAGACCUCCAUGUAAACUUAAAGGGGAUGAAAAGGGAGCCAGACCUCAAUGUACACUUAAAGGGGAUGUAAAGGGAGCCAGACCUCCAUGUACACUUAAAGGUGACGGAAAGGGAGCCAGACCUCCAUGUACACUUAAAGGGGAUGGAAAGGGAGCCAGAGCUCCAUGUACACUUAAAGGGGAUGGAAAGGGAGCCAGACCUCCAUGUACACUUAAAGGGGAUGGAAAGGGAGCCAGACCUCCAUGUACACUUAAAGGUGACGGAAAGGGAGCCAAACAAACUCCAGCGGAAGUUUGGAAUCUCAUAUGCACUUCCGCUUUACAAAAUUGACUUUCGUUUCACUAAAAAAGACUGGGGGACUGAAGUGUAUGAGAGUAAUGUUGUGGCUUUGUGAUAGAACACUCCUCUCCCCAGUCAUGACCGACCAUUUACAGAGAGCUGGCCGAGAACAUCCGAAUGAACGCAGAAAUAAACUACAUUUCAGAGAAAAGUGAGCUAAAUACAACUUUUAUAUUUUACUUUAUUCCAUGUUAUUUCUUACUUUACUCUUCAAAGAGGCAGCAGAAGUUAUUCAUAUGUGAAAUGAAAUGAUAUUGUAGACCCUUGAAAUAUUAGAGCGACGAGGGUACCAGUCUCUGCAGCCAAACAGAGAAUCAGCCAUUUGCUAUUGUUGUUGUUGUUUUCCUGCUUGUAUCACAAUGCAUUAUGGUACUUGUAGUCCUGUAAUGCUUUUUUUAAAGGUGAAGAACAUGGUGUGGUUAUCAGAUCAAUUUAUUUUUAGUUGGUUUUAAUGUGGAUAAAACAUGUUUGGAUUUCAUAUGAAAUGUUCUUGUUUUGGCAAAGGAAAGCUAUGGGGAAAAAUGGAAAAAACACAAAUAAAGCUUUUUGUCUAUAGCGGA